UACAAUCGGAAAAGCAAAUAAUUGAUAGAGGAGUGUUAGAAUUAUCGAUUAGUUGUAAAGUUUCGGGCAAUUUUAUUUACAAGAAGCUUAUUAGAGCAAAAAGUGUUGACAAUUGUGUUUACAAAUGAAAAGUACCUUAGAUGGCGGAAAUACAAAAGUUUUUGCUAAAGCAGUGCAAUCACUUUCAAAGUUCGGAGGCGAUUUAUUCAUUGAAGCUAAUAUUGAUGGAAUGCAGCUUCGCACUCUGAAUCCAACUAAAUCUGCUGUUGGAACAUAUCGUUUUAGCAGAAGCUUCUUCGAUUGUUACGAGGUCGACCAAAAUGAAGAAAGUUUUUGUAAACUUGAUAUGAGGGCUUGUCUCACCGUGUUUAGAAAUACAAAACAGGUUGAACGGUGUGAUAUGGCUCUCUUAAACGACAGAACAAAGUUUCAGAUUCAAUUAAAAUGCCAACAUGAAACUUUGAAGAAUACGUUUAUCUCAGUUGAUGACGAAGAAAAUAUUACCGCAGAAAUGGCACCAGAAAACAACUGCAACACUAUUUGUGGUUCACAUAAAAUAUUCACUGAAAUAUCCAAUAACUUUAAUCCAGCGGAAGAAGAAAUUACUUUAGAAGCACAAGAGAAGAAAGUAAAUGUUAAGAACUAUGUUGAAGGAUCGAGAGUUAAUGAAAAAUUUAUGAGGUCUCAAUUGCAAUUGAACGCCGAUGAGUUCGAAAAGUACAAAAUUGAAAAAGAAACGUGCAUAACAUUUUGUUUAAAAGAGUUAAGAGCGUUUCUUAUGUUUGCUGAGGCUUUAAAUGAAAGCUUAUGUUUGCAAUUCGAUGGAGCCGGAAGUCCAGUUUUUGUGGGUAUAUCCCAUAGAGAUGAAAUUAAUUGCAUACUUAUCAUGUCUACCUUAUCACCAGAAGAGGUAAGUUUUUAUGACAAUUGUCAAGAAAGUGAAGUCCAAGAAUGCACAACUUCAAAAACAAGCCAAAAGCGGAAACUAAAAACAUCGGUACCUAAUCAAUCUAAAAACAUUAGAAGAGUUAUGGACCAGAAGUGCAUUGCUGAAGAUACGACCCUCAGCAAUAGUUCAUCAUUAUUUGGAUUUGUAAACAAUAGUAGUAAACGGAGUUACCCGUCGUCUGUUGCUGUUCCUCGUAAUCUUAAUACAUCUGUUUCGACUUCUAGCUUCGAUGAGAUUAGUCUUUUAACGCCAGCAUUAUCUGUAGAAACAAACCGAAUGCAGAUGUUUGAUAAGAAUGUUGAUCCCGUUGUUAGCAAAGGUGUACAUAACGGAGAUAACGACGAUUGCAUUCCUGAAUCACCAAAGCGCGAAGGGAGAACUAAUUUGCGAUCUAUAUUUUCUCGCUGUUUUCAAUCAACAUAUGUGCCAGUGGAACCUUCAACAAGUGGACAAAUAUUUGCACUUGAUUCGGACACAGAAUAAUAAAAAUAAAAUUCCAUAUUAUAACAUC